UUCCCGAACGUUACGAAGAAAAUUCGUCAGCCAUUUUUCCGUUUUAUUUGUUGACAUUGUUUUCUCGUGUUUUCAGAAUAAAAUGACAACGUUUCAGUGGAAUUCAGGCCCGAAUCAACCAAACCAAUGGAAUCAGUUUGGUAAUGCUGGCCAGGACCAACAACAAGAAAACUUCCCAAAUCCUGAAUGGGAGAAAGCGAAAAAAGCGCUGGAAGCUGUUCAGAAGGAAAUGAAAAAGAGUGGUGACGACAAGUCUGGAAGCCAAGAAAAACAGUCUGAGGUCGAUCAGCAGUUGGAUAACUCACAACAGAAUACAAACAACAUGAAUAAUCAUGGACCACAUGGGAACAUGUUUCAGAAUCAGAACCAGCAACAUUUCAAUAUGUAUCAGCAACAGUAUGGCUUCCAGGGGUUCAAUUAUAUGCCACCCGGUCCAGGAGGCCCUGGUCCCCGUGGUUUUGGAAUGUUUGGUCCAGGCCGUGGGGGCCCACCUCACAUGCAGAAUUUUGGUCCCGGUCCUGGUCCAUAUCCACAUCCUGGGAUGGAUGAGCCACACAUGUUUCAGCAGGGACCUAAUGGUCCCAGAGGUCCACCUCCCCGUCCACCUGGCCCUUGUCCACCACGGUGGGGGUUCAACGGCCCCCCUUUUGGAAAUGGAGGUCCACCAGGUGGCCAGGGAGGAGGAGUCCGGUUCAACAUCAACAAGCCUAACAAUCAUAUACAGAAUAACAACAAUGACAACUUCCCUCAGAAUCAAAACAACUUCAGUCAACAACAACAAAACAAAUUCUAUCAGGGAAAACAACAAAAUAAAAAACGUCAACAACAACAACAGCAAUCGCCACAGUUGCCAAAACAGGAGAAUCAACAGAAUAGAAGCGAGGACCAACAGGAUGGGGGAACUGAAUCAGCACAGAAGAAAAAUAUCGAACAGAUUACUAAACCUCCGGAGAAAGAGGUGGAUGAUGAUGAGAAGAGUACGGGUCACCCUGCAGCUGGAGAGUGGCCUCCUUCUCUGAAAGAUUAUGUGCAAAGAGCUUUUGCUAGUGCCAUAACAGACAGUCAAAGGGAUGAGGUAGAAAAGGUCUUGAAGAACAAAUUAACUUCUUCAUUUAAUGAUGGCUCUGCAUGGACCAAGGACUGGGGCCAGGAACCGCUACCUCUAACCAAUAUGAUCCCCCUAAACACUCCUGCACCUUCCCAUGCAUUCACACCCUCAGGUAAGUCAGGUGGGAUGUCUGGGAAGCUAAGUCGCUGGGAUAACAUGAGGGGAUCACUACAAGCAAAAAGUGGCAGGAACUUUUUCUCGCCACGCACUCCCACUCAGUCACGCAUGCGUUCACGGUCCCGGUCUCGCAGUUGGUCACGAUCAAGGUCAAGGUCACCCUAUAGGAGAAGGGAACGGGGUUCAUCUCGUAGGAAACGAUACAGUAGUGAAUCGAGUAGUAGCGUCAUCUCUGAAGAUAGCAUUAGUGGUAGGAGUUCUAGAUCGUCAAGGUCACAGAAACUACCUGAGAAGUAUGGUCGAGGACGUGGGAAGAAUCAGCGCGGACGUGGCAGAGGUCGGGGACGUGGACGUGGUUAUGAUAAGGAUGCUGAGAACAAACCUGGUGAGAAGCCUGCUAGUCAGAAAAAGGCAAAGAGAGGAAAACAAGCUGCUGGUGGCCAGAAUCAGUUUACAGUCGACUACAAUGCUGGAGAGAAGCGAUUCAAAUUGAUGAAGCGAGCUGCCAGAUUCGUGGAGCAUCUGGAUGAGACGCCGAACAAGAGACCAAAGUCAAAACUGGUGCUUACUAUCAAUGACAACAGCGAUGGAGAGGAUAUCAUGGACUUCAAUGACAGGAACAUCGUAGGAACAAAUACGGGCUUGGAAAAACGCUAUUUGAGACUUACUGCUGCCCCAGAUCCUUGUACGGUGAGGCCAUUAGAGGUACUGAAGGAAUCGUUAAAGAUGGUGAAGGAGAAAUGGUUAAAGAAACAAGACUACCGCUACGCCUGUGAACAACUCAAGUCAAUACGUCAAGAUUUAACAGUACAAUGUGUACGAGAUGCGUUCACAGCUCAGGUGUAUGAAUGUCAUGCCAGAGUAGCCAUGGAAAAGUGUGAUCACGAAGAAUUCAAUCAGUGCCAAACUCAGCUGAAAGCUCUCUAUACAGAAGGAAUAGGAGGAAAUAGAUUAGAAUUCACGGCCUAUCGACUCCUAUACUACAUAUUCACCAAAAACACUCUUGAUCUUACCACUGCCUUGGCCUCGCUGUCUCAGUCAGAUAGAGACAACGAAUGUAUAAAACAUGCCCUAGCAUUAAGGGCAGCUUGGGGACAAAAUAAUUUCAUCAAGUUUUUCAAAUUAUAUAGGGUAGCUCCGAAAAUGUCCGGGUAUCUUAUUGACUGGUUCAUUUUAAGGGAAAGAAAGAGUGCGUUGAAGGCCAUCAUCAAAUCGUAUCGGCCCACGCUUCCUAUCUCGCAUGUACAGACCUCGCUGGCGUUCUCAAAUAGCGAAGAUUGUGUGAAUUUUCUGAAAGAAGUGGGUGUGACCAUCUCUGCGGACGGUCUGAAAAUCGACUGCAAGCAAUCGAUGUCUGUGGUACCUGGUUUAUAAAGAUCACCCGAGUAUGGUCACCUGUAACGCUGCUCUAUCCGGUGGAUGGGGUAGUGUUACCUGCUCCCAAGAGUCUGAUCUGUGCCCUGUCUGUGUCUGCCUACGACACAUCGAGUGGUGGAGGAGGGGAGACCCCAGUUGGUUGUGUCAAGCUCAUAUUGUGGUGGAUGGGGACAGUGGUCAUCAUUGGGUUCAUUGGGAUGGGACGAGCUGCUGUUAGUGUUGUCCAUUAAGCUUAUUGGCCCCUGUUUCGCGUAAAAUGCAGACUGUCAUAUUUUCUCAAACAGACUUAAGAUCCAAAUUCAUCAUCAAUCAUGGCUGUAGAAUUGUUUCUGUGCGUAUCUUGCCAUCCUUGCUAGCAAGUACAUGUAUGGCAUUACCUUUUAUACAUCCACUGGACUAGAUGUAUCGUGCAUACCAGAUAUGUUCUAGCAUCUCGACUCCCGUCGCCAGUGCUCAUGGAGUGUAGCAUAAGAACUCUUUAUCAUUGGGUAACAACCUUUAUCAUUAACAAGAUGUGAGGGCGCGGCAAAACAAUUGCCCACCGUUUCAAUUCGUAUUCCAAGCUCGACGAAAAAUUGGUUGUGGACUCAAAUAGUUCAUUUUCAUACCUGUCUCUACCAUACCUUAUCAAAAACCAAACGCAAUGUUUUCAAACUUUAUUGAGCUUUAGAAGUUUCCAAAGAUGAGUUAGGAUGAUGUUUAGUCGCUGUUCUAAUCCGGUCGCUGCUGUUAUCUCGCGGAAACAUCCCACAGUUGUUGAGGAAAGAAUGGAGUUAUACUGGACACUCGGGUUGAUCGGCAGUUUUCAAAUCGCACUGGCACUCCAUGUUCCCAGUAGACGUGUGCACAUGCCAGUUUUGCCAGUUGUUGCAGUUACACAUUUGUGAUGGACACUAUGUUAUCACCGCACGUACGUAGGGAGGGACUAUUGUUGUGUUUGAAGGGACACACUAAAGCAUUUUUUUCAGCUCUGGUCAGUGUUGUCAAAUGUUUAUUCACGAAAUUGCACUGUCAUGCUUUCAUCCUCACAUCUCGGAGUAAGUUACAUUGAUUGUGCACCUUCAGGAUUCGUGGGAUACAUCUUUGAAGGAUCCGGGGAUUUCUACGACGUUAGUAGCGGUAUUGAGUCACCAUGAUGAGGCACUCGUAUGAUUCGCACCUUCAGUUAUCUAUUUGGGACUGAGCAGGCCAGUUACACGAACUGUGAUUUUGCAUGAAUUCUACUCCGUUAUCUUACACCACCUGGAAGUCGCAGCCUGAAGAUAAUGUCGCCAGUUUAUGAAUGUUCCCUAAACUUCUCUUAUGUUGUUGUUGAUUUGAAUAAUAAGCAUGUCUUUUCAGCGUUAUUUUUGCAGGUGAAUAUUUUGUUUUUUCUUCAGAAUUUAAAUGAUGAUCAGGUCUGGCUCCUAAUAUGGGCGAUUAAGUUCAACUUAAGUUGCUUCGAAUUGAAAUCGUUUGUAUUGUUAGUUGUUUUGAGGGUUGAACCUCUCAGUUUGCAGAGCAUCCAGAGAGUCCCACACCAUUUGAAGUCAUGAUCAUUUUAACUUGGCCAGUACCAUCUGUUCAGGACUUCACUCCUAACAACACACAAUACAGACCUCUAGCCUAAGACGGAGCAAGUUUAUGUUCUAAAGUCUGGUGACUUCAAGUAAUGAUAAUUGUUAUUUUUGCAUGGCAUUUCUAAUGUAAUGAAUUCUCAUUUAAAAUGUCUCAAUGUCAUUGAUAUCUAAAAAGUUUUAUGGCUGCUUUUCCCUAAUAACUGAUUGCUUUACGCAGUUGGAGGUCAUCCUAAUCAAUUUAGUGUUGAAUGUCGGUUUACCAAAGAAUCCAGAUUGGAUUUGUGUUAGUCAUGCUCACCCUGAAAUCAAGUGACCCAUGACAAAUAACUUGCUCAUUAUAUACAUGUGCAUGGGACAACGUGAUUUCUGUGUAAACUUAGGUGUAGAAAUAUUCCUUGGCAACUUCAUCAGGAGGAAGUGAUAGACUUUGCAGCAUAGCUGUCACCACUGGUCUUGGUCCUGCCUUUCAGUCAUUCAGCAUAUUUUCACACCAGUAAGAUCCUGCAAGGUUCAACAGGUUUAUUCAGUUGAGGUUAUAUGUACUUUGAAUGGCCUUGGGCCAAAAUUGUGAGUCGAGUAACUUGUUUCAAUUCCAAUUGAUUAUUGUUCAAACCAAUUUCACCGUUUUUGCAAUAAGCUGUAAGCCUGUUGGCCCUUGCAUGUCUGUGUAUUGGGAUCCCUUGGUCCCAGCUGAGGUGAAAAUACUUGGCUAUUUGGAAAUCAAACCAUUUGCCAAAACCUCCUCGUGUACCUACACGUUUUGUCCGUAUUGAAAUAGUAAAUUGCCUCGUGGAGGUAAAGUGCCACCUAGUGUCAAUUAUUGAACUUAAAUAACUGAUGAUAAAAAGGGAAAUACUUACAAUGGUUUUGUUUGUUGAACUUUUCAUGUUGGAUCCCCGUGGGGUCUUGUCGACAGUUAACACUAGAUGUGGAUUUGUGAAUACUAAUAGUUAGGUGUAAAUAAACUAUUUCAAGGCA